AACAAUAACAACGCCAUCGCCGCCGACGAUAGACCUCGCUGCUAUCACUCCGAUUACUCAGGGUAGCUGCUCAGAAAUGGGAUUCUGGACGCCUCUGUGAAAUUUGGCUGCACUUCCACCUUCAGCGCGUUGUCCGGCAAAGUUUGUUAUUCUGCUCAGAACGGCACCGCGCCCAUCGAACCUACGACUCCUCCAUAACCAUCCUAUGACUUGUGACGGAUAUUUGGCUACCCACCACCACCUCUUUGCGCAACAAUAUACAGAUAUAUUGCUGCAAUAUAUAGACUAGCCGUGGCAUUCUGUUGCCUGACACAGCACAAUGUUUUACUCAGAGACGCUGCUGUCCAAAACAGGGCCGUUGGCCCGCGUUUGGCUGUCAGCCAACCUUGAACGAAAACUCUCGAAAUCACACAUCCUCCAGUCAGAUAUCGAAAGCAGUGUCAAUGCUAUCGUUGAUCAGGGUCAAGCACCAAUGGCGCUUCGUCUUAGUGGCCAGCUUCUGUUGGGAGUCGUUAGAAUAUACAGCCGCAAAACUAGAUAUCUCCUGGACGACUGUAACGAAGCUUUGAUGAAAAUUAAAAUGGCUUUUCGUCUAACUAAUAACAACGACCUCCCCGCCACUGCACCCCUGCCGGCUGGAGGAAUUACCCUCCCAGACGUCCUAACGGAGUCCGACCUUUUCAUGAAUUUGGACCCUUCCAUUCUAUUCACGCAGCCAGCGCAGGUAGAACAUGAUCCGAAGGGACCCCCCUCGUCUCUUGGUUGGUCUAGCCAGCUACUCUCGGAUAGCACUCCUCAAACAGUCAGACCCGUGGAAAAACCACACCUUGAGGAUGAUACUGGCCUAAUUUUGGAUCUCGGUGAAGAUGAGGAUAUCCCACUUGGCCAUGACACAAGCAUUGAAGUAGGUCGAGAGGCUCCGGCCCCACGCCCUGUCGGAGAAGAUCUGUUUAGCGACGACAACCGCCUAUACGAUGGUGACCUCAAUCUUGAUCUUGGAGAGGAUGGUGCCCCUCUUGGGAAGGGACCCGAUGCGGAUGUUACUCAAGAUAUCGACAAUGCCAUCCAUAUGGAUGACGAUAUACCAAUGGGCGGCAUUGACGGAGAACUUGGCAUGCCCAUCGAAGAGGACUCGACUGUCAUCCCCCCGCUUACCAGUGACUUCACCCGCGAUCGAUCAGGCUCGCCACUUUCAUCUGUGCGAUCUAGCGUUGUCCGUGAUUUGGACGAAACGUUUGCGAACGAAGGAGCCAUUCGACAUCACCAGAGAGUUAAGCGAAGAAGAGUGAUCAUGCCAGACGCCGACACUGUUCUCUCUAGUGCUCAGAUCAAAGAACAACAGGAAGACCGAUCAAAGAUUUUGAUAGCUGAAUCCAUUCUUCCCCGGGAUCCUGUUCUCCUUAGCCUGAUGAUGAUGCAAAAGAACGGUUCUUUUGUUUCUAAUGUCAUGGGGGGUGCAAACACUGGCAACUGGGCGCCAGAGCUUCGUGGAAUGCUGUCAAUUGAAUCCGUUAGAAAAGCAGGUGACUUGAAGCGAAAGAGAGACAGUGGAAUUGCCGAUAUGGACAUUGAUGCUGGUGCCAAGGUUCCUCGACUUGAUAUUGAGGGAGAAGAAACUCUAUUACAACCUGAUGAAGGGCCAAUCCUAGGAGAAGAUACCACCUUGAACCUACAACCAGAAAUCCAGGUUCCCGAAGAUGAAGAGCAUGCCAACCCCCGAUCUGGAGAUGACCAUUUCAGCGAAGACGAAGGCCUAGGUCAACACCCAGAAGAAUACGAUGAACUUAGCAGCCUGGUUGAGACUGGCCCAAUUUCUUUGGGAACCAAACACGCUGUUCACGUUCUACGGGAGCAGUUUGGCGAACCUCCAUCUAUUGAAUCACCAACAAAAGGCAAAGCUGUUGUCUUCCAAGAUCUACUCCCUGAGCUCCAAACAAGCAAAGCCGAUGCUACGAAGAUGUUCUUCGAAGUCCUUGUCCUUGCAACAAAGGACGCAGUCCGGGUUGAGCAAAGCAGCAAAGAUCUUGGAGGCCGAUUACGGAUUAAAGCAAAACAAGGCCUCUGGGGUGACUGGGCAGAAACAGAAGCUGGCGGCGAGAUUGCGCCUCAAGAGGUCGCGGCCGCAUGAGUUUGCUGAGUUAUUGUAUUCGAUAUAAACUCUGAUCAGUUUUGAACCCACACAUCCCUAUCCCCUUCCCCUCACAAAACCUCAUUCCAUAAGCACGUUCUGGGUUACAUGAAGAGUAAAUGUUGGUGUUUUGUCAUUACAUAUUUUAUUUUGCCUUGUUUCUUCCUGGGUAUAUGUCUGUUUGAGUGUUCUGCUACCAUUUUAGAAACCUUCCUUUGGACGGAUUUACGAAGGCCCAGAGCAGGCGUUUCGCGCCGCCUAUGCGCGUACUGAACCCAGUCGGCGUAUAGGAGUUAUUUGAGCUGCAAUGGCUAAGGUACGGAAGGGAGGCGGUUGAGAAACAGACACAUUGGGGAUUGGGGAUAUCUUUUACCGCGCGGUUGCGUUUUUUUGUGAUAACCACUUUGUACUGAGUAACUAGCAAGCAUAGUAAUAUAUUUUGUCUCAACGGUUCUUCAUCUUGGAAAAUCUUUUCACCGGUUUAUUUUUAUCUCAUGAAAUCAUUUUUCUUCCGCAUGCCGCUUGCCUCAUCUUGGC